AUGGACAGAGCUCUCGACCACCAGGAACAAGGCAAAGCGCUCGCUACACACGCCGCUCCCUGCAAAACUAUUCAACCGCCUUCAUCUAUGCAAUCACCACAACCAACAGUCUCAACAGCAGCAUCAACAGACCAGCAGCCCAAAGCAACUGGACCGGAUCACGCAAAGCGCAGAACUCAACACAUAUCCACAACUUCCGAGAAGCGCUUCAAGAUGGGGCCUUCGACCUCUUCACAAGAUGACAAAGAUUCUGCCGCAUCCAGAAGCCAGUUGAUUGUUCGCUUCUACGACCCGGAUAUCAAGGCCAAAGACGCGAAGAAUCGCACGCUCGAAGAGAUCCUCGCCUGGCCGGAUUCUCAGUUAGAGGCCUCUCACAACUUCGUUCAAAUGUUAUUCCCACUGCCAGAGGGCUCCAUGUACAACUGGGAGGCACCAGUGAUUGACCUUGCCGUCAUGCAAGCAUUCCGCUCGCGCAGUGAACUUCGCCAGCAGCUGCGCCGGAGCUUCGAACGCAUGCUCAGUUUCUACGGCUUCAGGGUAUCUGCCAAAUCGGAAACAGAGCUAAAGAAACAGAACGAGGACAAGGAUGCAGCAGAAACGAAGGCAACAACCGCGGGGACCAGCAAUCCACUACUAGCAUCUACACCUGACGCCGCUGAGCAGAAGAUGGCUGAUGCCGGUCAUACAAUGUCCUCAACACAGGCUGCUACUGGAGUGACAAAGACGGAAACCUAUACGGAUGCUUCCGCCCCCAAGGUUGGCAUUUCCUUGAAAAGAAAAUCCACUUUCCCACCUGGGGCACAUAGAAACGUCUCCGUCUCUAAUCCACUUCCGUACCAUAUCAUCCGCGCGUCCAACUGGCGCAAACAAUUCCAGAACUGGGCCGUCCGGUUCGACCACAAUCACCUGCGCAUCACACGCAUCAUUCGCUGUCUUCGUGUGCUUGGUCUGGAGAAAGAGAGCACUGCAUUCUUCGCAGCUCUGGAACGUGUAUUCAACCAUCCCGGGAUCGAAAUCAGUGACAAGAGCAUGACCUUCUGGCGGUUGGCUGCUACGCGCCCACUACACUGGGCUCCCGAUGACCAGAAGUGCAAGUGGCUGGAGGCCUGGGAGAAAGAACAGGAUAGUCUGAAGAGAACAGACGAGGCAUGGUAAGUAUGGUGUCAGAAAAGCCAAGUCUAUCACAUUUGGUGAAGAUUCACAGGGGCAGCAAGAAGACGGUUCUGAAGUGUAACUCUCAAGGGACAUAGAGAUGGGGGAGUAUUCGGUGGUGCAGUAUCUUUUUUACUUCACAGUCCGUGUAGCUGCUGCUUGCGGUGUUUUGGUCAAGAAUCAUGGCAACUCUUAUCGAGGCCAAGGCAAACAUCAACUUUUCAAGG